CCAGAGCUUUCGUCUCGUAGCCGAAAGGAAAAAAAAAGAAAAGCUGGAAUUUAUAUCGGCAUUUUUCUAUGAAUUUAAGAUUUUCUAUGUUUCUGUGAGUACCCAUUUGAGAUAAUUUGUCUCAGAGAUGACGAUGAAUCCAAGUCACCAUUUUUGCCCAGCAGCUGUUAAUUCGUUGGGAAGCUCCUUCUGCGAAUUCCAUGGAAACAGUUCCUUUCGAUUCUUAAGGUACGGCUCAUCAAUUUCACUUUGGUCACAUAACGGUGCUGAAGCUUCAUCGAGGAGAUUGGAUUUCUCUACUAUGAAGAAGGCUAAAAGAUUAUCGUGUGAUGGUAAUAGUAGCAGUAGGAAUGAGGAUUGGAACAGAAACCAUAAGCAUAAUCAAUUUAAACCACAAAAGGUAGUUUUAAAUCAUCGGAAAGGAGAGAGAUUUUCGGAAUUAGAGGUCACGAGUGGCGAGAACAAUAGUGGGAUUACUGAUGGUGGUGGUCGGGGUAGUACAAUGGAGAGAAUUGUUGAGAAAUUGAAAAAGUUUGGAUUUGUAGACGAUGAUCAAGAGAGGAGAGUUGAGAAAGGGUUAGAGGAGGACGAAUUCGAUGUCCAAGAAGAGAAUGUGCGGAAUAGGAGAGGUGGAUUCUCUGAGGAAUCGCCGUUUGGUGUCUUUAGAAGCGAUGGAGAAGCUCAGUUUCCAUGGGAGAAGGUGAGUUCUUCUAAGGAGAAGAAGGAGCUAGUGAAUGGAGUGUGGACAGCGAAGAAGGAGAGUAGAUACUCGCUCGCGGAGAUGACUCUUCCGGAAUCAGAGCUGCAUCGGUUGAGGAAUGUGAUGUUUCGAACCAAGAGCAAGAUGAGAGUUAAAGGUGCAGGUGUUACUCAGGCCGUGGUGGAGGCGAUUCAGGAGAAGUGGAAGAGCUCAGAGAUUGUGAGGCUCAAGAUCGAAGGUGCAAGUGCGCUCAACAUGAGAAGGAUGCAUGAGAUUUUGGAGAGAAAAACUGGUGGUUUGGUGAUUUGGAGGUCAGGUACUUCAAUCUCCUUGUACAAAUACAAAAAUGACAGCAACCGAGAUGCAUCAAUGAAGCUGAACAAGCAAAUAUAUAGAAGAGCAGAGACUUCACCGUCUUAUUUACCUACAAGUACAAGUACAGUGGAUCAUAGCGUUCAACAAGUGCAUCUUCCUCAGCUAGAGAAGGAGACGGCCAUUGUGGGAAAUAAAGAGAGGAUAUCUCAACAAGAUGUAGAAUAUGAAGAUGAAAUAAACGAACUGUUAGAGUGUCUUGGUCCUCGUUACACAGACUGGCAGGGAGGUUAUCCGUUACCUGUUGAUGCUGAUUUGCUUCCGGGGAUCGUUCCUGGUUACGAACCACCUUUCAGGGUACUUCCUUAUGGAGUGAGAUCAACUCUGGGAACAAAGGAGGCAACUUCGUUAAGAAGACUUGCCACAGUUCUUCCUCCACACUUUGCUUUAGGUCGAAGUAGACAAAUGCAAGGUUUGGCAGCAGCUAUGGUUAAGUUAUGGGAAAAGAGUUUAAUUGCUAAGGUUGCACUUAAACGUGGUGUACAAUUGACUACUAGUGAGAGAAUGGCUGAGGAUAUCAAGAGAUUGACGGGAGGUAUGCUGCUCUCAAGGAACAAAGACUUCUUGGUUUUCUACAGAGGAAAGAGUUUUUUGUCACCAGAAGUAGCUAAAGCAUUGGUGGAGAAGGAGAGACUUGCAAGGACUUUUCAAGACGAAGAGGAACAGGCACGUCUAAGAGCAUCAUCAGCUCUGAUUGUCCCAAGUAUUGAAGUUAAUCAAAACUCUGUUUCUACCGGUACUCUUGGAGAAACUCUUGAUGCAAGUAGUAAAUGGGGAAAGAAUCUUGAUGACGAUGUUCAUGUGGAGGAAGUGAAACAAGAGGCUGAGAAGCUGAGGUCUGCAAAUCUUGUCAGGAAGUUGGAAAGAAAACUUGCUUUUGCUGAGAAAAGGCUGCUGAAAGCUGAACGGGCGUUGGCUAAGGUGGAGGAAUCGCUGAAGCCAGCAGAGCAGAGAACAGACUUUGAGGGCAUAACAGAUGAAGAGAGAUUUAUGUUCCAGAAGCUCGGAUUGAAGAUGAAAGCUUUCUUACUUCUUGGUCGAAGAGGGGUGUUUGAUGGUACUGUGGAGAACAUGCACUUGCACUGGAAGUACCGAGAGCUGAUCAAGAUUCUUGUAAAGACUAAAACUUUCGAGGGUGCGAAGAAAGUGGCGAUAGCCCUUGAGGCCGAGAGUGGAGGUAUCUUGGUUUCUGUUGACAAGAUCUCCAAAGGCUAUGCCAUUAUCGUGUAUAGAGGAAAAGACUAUAAGCGUCCUUCCGAGUUGAGGCCUAAAAACCUCUUGACAAAGAGGAAAGCUUUGGCACGUUCUCUAGAGCUCCAAAGACGCCAGGCUAUUAUAAAACACAUUGCGGCGGUACAGGCAAGAACAGAGCAGCUGAGAGCUGAAAUCGAACAAGUGGAACUUGAAAAAGACAAGGGAGUUGAGGUUGCUUACAACAAGCAUGACAUGGAUUAUCCUUCCAACGACGAGGAGACCGAAGAAACAGAUGGAGAAGGAGAUGACCUCUAUUUAUAUACAUACGAAGAUGAGGAAGAAGAUGGUAAGAUUCAGGCCAAGGGUUUAAUAUCUGAUGUUGAAUUUGAUUCAGAUGAUGACGACUGGGAUUCAGAUGAAUCAGACACUGAGUUUGGUGAUGAUUCUGCAUCCUCCACAACACCAGAAGCAACCUUUGUAGAUCUGCAGAACGUGUAGUAACUUCAUCUGCAACCAUAAGAAGAACGGCUUGUGCGCAUUGCAAAGAAAUAAGAUUUCACAUCUCGCUAACUGUUCGCAGUGAGAGAUACUAAGUGUGUCACCUGCAAAGAAAGAUUUUAAGCUUGAGCUAUGUAGAUUCAUAUAAUUGCUAUAGUAUAUCUGCAAGUAGUUACUAUUCAACAAAGUUGUUGUUACUGAUUAACUACAAAAUUUUUGACAUUUUAUCUUACAGAAAUAAAACUUUUUACUCUGA